AUGUUCUACGCUGCGGGAAGGAGAUACUGUACGCAAUCAAUCAUUAUAGGACACAGAAUAUUCGGUGGCCCCGUGACGCAGCCCUUGAAAAACAUCUCUCUCAAGCGCAAUGUCACACUCUCUGCCGUCUCACAAUCUCCGGCUCUGAGCUUUCAAGCCGACCUUGUCCUCCGAUCUUCACUGCAUAUCGCCAAUAUACCAUCCCACACCACCGAUGAAGAAUUUCGACAGGCAUUCUCGGUUCUACCAGGCAUUGUAAAAACAGAGCUCAUAUUUAAUUCCGGCACUAUGCGAGACUACAAGGAUACGACCAAUCCGAGCUGGCGCAGUUACUGCAUGAGACACUUGCGUGAAUCCCCGAUUCGAAUCCAGGGAUACGCGACGGAAGUCAAACCAAACAAAUCAAGAUCCAGUUCGCGCAACGAACCCAGCCAUGUUUUACACAUCUCUGGUCUGCCCUUGGAUAUCCAAUAUCUCGAAGUGUUAGACUUAGUCAAAGAAAGGUGCCCAUACUUCAAGUCUCUGAGAUUCAUGGCUGCAGAGCCUGGGAACUUUCUCGGCGUGGCUGCGGUAGCGUUUGAAGAUGUCACAACGGCCGAAAGAGCUAAGGAACGACUAUAUGGAACGACUGUGGGCGGUAUGCUUAUCCAAGAGCACAACCUUUCCUUUGGUCGCUCCCUGUACGAAGAUGGCCCAACAAAUACGUUGAUGGUACUCGGGACACCCACCUCCCCAGACGCAGCCUUUGACUUCCGGCGUCUUCUCGACACUUUUGAAGGGUUCACUACUGUCAAUUGCGGCACUGUCGAUAAUGCAUGGAUGAUGCUUGAAUGGUUCAAUCGCGAACAUCCCCAAUAUCGAGUCGCAUUUAUCACAAGCGCAUACGAAUACGAAGAGAACCGUAAAUCCAGGUUGGCUGAGGGAGAUUUCACCAUCCGGAGUAAACUCAAGUCUAGACCAGAGCGGGAGAAUAGGAGAAGUUCUGACUGA